GUCAUUUUCCCAUCUCGGUUGGUUCAACCUGGCAGGCCGAGGGGUCUUCAUAUCGGAGAGAUGAGGGAGCGGAGCGUCUGCUCUGGCUGCGCUCCUCCGAGGUCAUGCCUACUGACUCCUCAAACAUUAGUCAUCUUGCAAGCUCUUCUGUGUUUACUGUCCUUGGUCCUCAUCUUGUCAUGGUCACUUCGACGAUGUAAGGUCAAACAGCGUCGGGCCGAAAUAAAGGGUGAAGACUCUGUUAAUCAAAUUGUACUUCACCCAAAAGAAAAUCCUGAAAAGACCUCCACCUUAUGCACCUGUGUCCAGCGCUACUCUGAGACAGCGCAGACUCUUGUGCUGCAGAGUGAAGCGAGUGAGCAGGAGUAUAGUCUGUGCCGUUUAUGCCACCUGCAAUAUGAGGACCCAGACGCUGCAGGUUCUCUCAGUGAUCAGAACAAGUGCAGCUCCUGCAUUAAGUCAUUAGCUGAAAGGUGUCUAUGUUCGGAGUGCACUUCCAGGCAGGCUUGUGCAUCAGAUGGAAAAACUCCCAUCAUUCCAUGCUGUGGAACACUUGAAGUGGCUGAGAGUAGAGAUGUCAACGUUCUGAGGAGCCUAGUAUGCAGAGUAUGGAGAUACAUCUUACAAAUCCUUCACACUAUAAUUGGGAUGUUCCUGUGCAGGAUGUUGGUUGCCUUCACUGACUCCACCUCAGGGACUCCACGCAUGAAAAGUCCCAGGCUGAUUGGUCAGAACUACGGAAGCCUGGAAGUCAAAAAGUCGUCAAUAGAGAUGAACUUAAGACAGAAGCAUCUGGAGCACCUUUUGGGGGCGUUCACAGCCUUUAAGCAGUCCAUGGAGCGUCUGGCACCUGAGCCGUCCAGCCCCACCUGGCUGAGGAGAGCAGGAGAGGAGUCAGACCUGGAGCUGACCGGUGCAGAGACUCUGUUCCUCAGCCAGGAGACCAGAGACAAGCUGGAGUUCAACGUGAAGAACAAGCUCAUGCAGCGGCUCUGGGGUCUCCCUGUGGUGGUGCAGCGCUCACAGAGCUCCGUCAUUCCCCAGGCGCCGGAACUCCGCGCGAGGACGCUGCUUCCCGAGCCGGCGUGUCCAGGUGUCCAGGUGACCAGCUGCCAGGCUCCCGUCCUGACGGAGGAGCAACAGUGCAAACUGAGCAACUGUGUGAGCCACAAACAGGAUGCCAAGAGCGAGGGUUACCCCGAGAAAGUGACGGAGUCACUCCAGCCCUUUGAGAUGCCGGAGUCCAUGUUAAAGAGACUGAGGCGGGGAGAUGUGACUGGUCAGGCAGAGGAUGCAGCUGAGGCGACUUCUGCAAAGAAAAAGAAGGGAAGAGGGAAGGAGGCCAAACGUGGUUCUGUAUCGCAUCAAGUAAAGCCACCGUCAAAGAAGCGUCCAAAAAGUACUCAAGACUGACACGUCCUCUCCCUUGCAGCACUACACUAAACCCCAAAGUUCCUAUCAGUGAGUUAUUGGCUUCAUUCCCUUCUCUCAUACUAACUUGCAUCUCAAUAAAGUACAGUAAAAUAGC